AAUUGAUUUCAGAAAGGCGCGCACUUCGAACGUCGAUCGAUUUGAACGAGUGUCGACGUCGCGCGAUGGCAGCGGGACGGCAUGCAAAGACCUCCUUGUUCAUGGAUCUCCCACCGCUUGUGUGGGAUGCACACCUCGCACCGCUCCUGACGCUUGCGGAAGUCAUGUCCAUCUCGACGCUGAACCGAUCGUUCAGGAGUCUCAUGCACGACGCCGUGACCCUCCACCAACCAGCGGAGAUCAAUGCAUCCGUGCAAGAUCUCGAGGUGAUAACAUCCACGUGGACAAACCUUAAAGCGAUCACGUUUAAGCCGUUCCUUCGCACUGACGAGCCAUACCACAACAACGAAUCUAUCUACAACCUUCCCCGAGGACAACAGGAGAACACGGAUGAACCAGAGGGAGAAAUCGACAUCACGGAUAUUGAUCCACACGUGGAUGAUUUUGUCGAGAACCUCAUUGCUCAAAGUGUGCGCGCAAUCCGCGCGACCGACAAUUUGUUGGCUUUGUUGAGCAAACUUGUGCCGCACAUUCAGUCGCUUGACCUCAGUGGAACCCAUCGUGUUAGUCUCUUUCCAGGCGUCCAUAAGCUCAAGCACUUGAAUCUCAGUGGGACGUCAAACGUCCGCGGUCUCCAGCACCUUAAGACACUUCCAUCCAUCGACAUGAGCUAUUGUCACGACCUGUCCGACUUGACGCCGCUUGCCGGCAUCGCGACUGUGGACCUCAGCUACUGUCACGCUGUGUCGGACAUUACGCCGCUGCAAAACGCCACGGCGGUGUUCCUCAACAUGUGCAAAAGCAUCAGCCAAGUACAUGCGCUGGCGACGGUGCACACCGUGAGUCUGCGCAACUGCUCUGGCAUUCGCGAUGUCUCGGCCUUGGGGCAUGUCCACACUCUCAUCUUGAGCGGUUGCAAGAAUGUCACCGAUGUCAGCGCGCUGACACACGUCCAUACUCUUCACCUGAGCGGGCUGGACAUUGAGGACGUCUCGAUGCUCGGCAAUUGCGUGGAGCUCAACCUGAGAAAGUGCCAUCGCGUUUCCAAUGUGUCUAGCCUCGGGCGCGUCAAGUCGCUCGACCUGAGUGGGUGCAGUGCACUGGAAGAUGUGUCUGCGCUCCAUGGCGUGCAUACGCUCAACCUUUCGUCCUGCAAACGCAUCACGGACGUGUCAGCGCUGCGGCACGUUUAUCACCUUACCUUGAGCAAUUGCGAAUCGUUAGAGAACGUGAAUGUCCUCGCGAAGGACGGCGGCUCGUCGAUUCGUCACUUGGAUUUGUCCAAUUGCCGCGGCGUCACCAGCAUCUGCGCGCUGGGACACAUCCCUGUGCUCAACAUCAGUCGGUGCCAGAAUAUCACGUCGCUGGAGGGCCUUUCACAUGUGCGCAACCUCGACAUGAGUUUCUGCAGACAACUCUUCGAUUUGUCGCCACUUCGCAGCAUUCAAGUUAUCAAUGCCUAUCGUUGUCCUCGCAUCACCGACUUGUCGCCCUUGGCCAAAGCUGUCAAGGUGAACCUUAGUUGCUGCCCCGGCAUUCAAAACGUAUCUCCUCUGCGUCAUUGCCGCGACAUCGACCUGCGCUUCUGCGAUGCCCUAGUCGAUGUGUCACCAUUGAUCCCAUCGCCACGACUGGUCGCUCACACCACACGUUAUUCUGCAGGUUGUCAACGCAUUACUGACGUGAGCGCACUCACUCACGUGCAGCAUCUCGACUUGAGCUACUGCCAUGGCAUCAAGGACGUCCACGGGCUCGCGCGCGCCCAGACUCUCAGCCUCCGCAAUUGUUCCCAAGUGGAGGACGUAUCUUCAUUGGGCCGGAUAUACUCCCUGAACUUAUCCGGAUGUGAGCUGGUGACGGACGUGUCGGCGCUGGGGAACGUAACGAAACUCAACUUAAGCGACUGCCAGAACAUCCGGGACGUGAGCAUGUUGCAGCACGUGCGAUCGCUGGACUUACGCUUCUGUCACGCCGCUGUGAAGGUCGAUGACCUGCGCCGACGCAGCACUGGCAUCGUGCACACUCAAGGAUGCCUGUCAGCCUCUUAG